UGAAGCUAAAAAAAAUUGCGAAAUCAUAAAAGUAUAUUUUUGGGAUUUCAUGAAUCCUGCUGAUAUUCCUAUCCUUUCUUAUUCCCUUCAUACCACAAAUGUAAAUUUUGAAAAUGUUUUGUUUUGAUCUGAGUUUAAACAAAGUCUAGUUUAUUUAUAAAAUAUAACUGGUAGUCUGGUAAUGGGAACAAACGGCAACGGACGCCGAGGCGGCGCACCUGAUGAUAAUCGACGCGCAAAAUUGUCCGCAUUUCGACGCCCAAUGGAAGAAGGUGAUUGUGCUAACGACAUGGAAAGCCCUGAACUGGAUUUUGUUUAUGAUGAUUGUGAUACUCAAGCGAAUGAAAUAGCGGAACUAUAUAGCUAUACCGAGCAUCCUGAGUUUCAAUUAAAUGUGAAGGCUUUUGAAGAUAUUAUGGAACUGCUUAAUUUUCCACCUAGUUGGCAGAGACUCACUGAAAACCAACGUCGAGAUGUUAUCCUGACAUUGAUGGAUCACUUGGAUAUUGCAGAUAGUGAAAUAAGAAUGAGAGGCACACGCUGUAUAUUAUAUUUGGCACAAGGAUGCUGGGCUGAGAUGCAAUCUGAUGCUGAGCAAGCUCAUUGGGCACGAAUUAAUAUUUUCAUGCUAUAUGAAUUGGGUGUGUUUUCAGCAUUUGUUGAAUUAUUGAAUCUCGAAGUUGUUAGAAAUAGUUCUACAGUUGCUUCAAGAAAACUUACAGAAUCGUUAGCUGAUUCUACAAACUUGAGAGUAAUUUUAUCAGUACUUUAUUUGAUAACAGAGCAUAUGAGAACAGAAAAAGAGAAUAAAAAUUCAGAGUACUCAAAUUUAGUACAAUUAUUUAAAGAGGAAUUGGGAACUCCAUUUGGUGAUGAAAUAUUACCUGUUAAGUUAUUAAGUAUGGUAACUCAUCUUUGUGCAGGAACUAGUCCACAUUUCCCUAUGAAAAAAGUAUUAUUAUUGUUAUGGAAAAUUUUGUUAGUGUACCUAGGAGGCUCUAAAGAAUUGAAAGAAAAGAAAGCAGUACUAAGAGAAAAAUUUGGCUUGCCUCCAGUUACAGAGGAUACCCUUGAAAUUAUUAAAGGUAUGAGGGCAAGUUCUCCACCUCCAAGUGCAGUUGAUAUGCUAGAAAAUCAAAACCCAGGUCAGAGAAAGCUGAAAGAAAAUGAAAGAUCACUCAGAAGGCAAACAUUCAUGAAACAAACCUCCCUUGAUGAGUCAGAUGAGCAAAUUUAUGAUAAAGAAGAAACUAGCAAUGGAUCUGAAGAUUAUCCGAUGGAGUUCCAGUCAAUGCCAUUAGAAGGUGCACAGAACUCUGCCACUAAUGAUAAUUGUACUUAUGAUGUGUACUUUAAAGAGUUUGAUAGUCCUCCACCACCACCCCCACAGCCUAGAAGUCUGCCAUGGCAAUCAAAAGUACGACAGAAGGAUAUAGAUAACUUCUUAGACAAUGUGAGAAUCAAAUUUGUUGGGUAUUCAUUACCUGGUGACAGAGUGACAGUUGCUGGUUUACCUCAGCCUAUUCACGAGGGUAUUGCAAUUUUAAAAAAACAUAUGUAUACAAGUCUGUCUGAAAUUCAACUGGAAAGGGAAAUGGAGAUAGCUAGAAGGCCACUCACAAAGGGAGAGAAGGAUGUUGAACAAAAUGAAACAGAAAUUUUGUAUAGAGCACUGGUCCCUCACCUGCCCCAGUACAUGAUAGCUCUGUUAAAAAUAUUGCUUGCUGCUGCACCUACAUCAACUGCAAAAUCAUUUUCUAUGAAUAUAAUGGCAGAUUUAUUGCCAGAAGAGAUGCCUAUGACUAUGCUCCAGUCCCUCAAACUAGGGAUUGAUGUGAACCGGCAUAAAGAGAUAAUUGUAAAAGCAGUCACAGCUACCCUUCUACUAUUAUUGAAGCAUUUCAAACUUAAUCAUGUCUAUCAGUUUGAAUUCAUGUCACAACAUUUAGUUUUUGCCAACUGCAUGCCUCUUGUUCUAAAAUUCUUUAACCAGAACAUCUUGUCAUAUGUUGGAGCAAGAAAUACAAUACCAAUAUUUGAUUUUCCUGCAUGUGUUAUCGGAGAGCAACCAGAGUUGACUAAAGAAUGCUUAGACAUUGGAGAUUCAUCUGUACCAUAUUCAUGGAGAAAUGUUUUUUCCUGUAUUAAUCUCUUGCGGAUUUUGAAUAAACUAACAAAAUGGAAAAACGCAAGAAUAAUGAUGCUAGUUGUGUUUAAAAGUGCACCAAUAUUAAAGCGCACAUUGAAGGUAAGACACGCCCUCAUGCAGUUUUAUGUGUUGAAGCUUUUGAAGAUGCAAACUAAAUAUUUGGGUAGACAAUGGCGUAAAACAAAUAUGAAAACUAUUAGUGCAAUUUAUUCAAAAGUACGUCACAGACUAAAUGAUGACUGGGCAUUUGGGAACGAUGUAGAUGUGCGCCCAUGGGACUUCCAAGAUGAAGAAUGUGCAUUAAGGAAUAGUGUUGAUCGUUUUAAUCAGCGACGUUAUGGAAAUGGUACAUUUGACAUAGACUUGCAACCAGUAGAUACAGAUAUUAACAGUGUGUUGGAUAUAAUUAUUGAUUUGGAUGAAGAAUUUAAAGAUAACUAUGAGCUUUGGCUGGAUCAAGAGGUGUACCAUAAUGAAAUAAACUGGGACGUACUUCUGUCAAGCUAAAUGUUACAAUGUUAAGAAUGUGUCAUUAAUUUAAAUAAAACAGUUUUAAAAGGUGCAUAAAUAUAACUGAACAUUCACAUUAAUUAUUUGGUAACAUUAUAUGAUCUAUUAGGUCGUCUUGUUAGUGUUGAUGUUAAAACAUACCACUUAAUUCUUAAAAAAUAUUCUUUUUAAAAGUGUCAUUCUUGGAUUAGUCAAAAAGUUUAUAUUGUAUUAAUUUUGUUUCAAGGUUUUGAAGAGUCAUAAUUGCACGCCCACGAACAAUAUUUGAUAGUUUUGGUUCAUGAAAUUUUUAAUUGAGAGGACCCAUCUCUUUCAAAUUCAUGUCGCCUGAGGGUAUAAUAUUUAUAUGAGAUUAAUACUUUUAUAGAAUUUCUUUCCAGUGACAAAUGUACUUUUUACAUUAAUUAUCUUUAAAGAAAAUUAAAAUAAAAUUGAUUUUAGUGAUGUAGUCAAGUAGAAUAAAAUAAAUUAAGAUUUCCAUGUAGAUUUGUGAACCUAUAUGUAUUGUAAUUCACACAUGUAGAGAUUUUAAAAUGUGAAUAAAAUUUGUUGUUUUAAAUUCAUAUGACACUAAAUUUUCAAUUUGGCUCAUUCAUUGAAUUAUAUUAUGUUAAAUUUUACUUGUAACUGAAUAAUAUAUAUUAACUAUACAUAAA